AUGAGAAAAAUCAUCAUAAAUUUGUUAUUCAAAUGGAUUUGUUGGAACACGAGAAUAUUUGGUAUUUUUUAUUAAAAUUUUGGACAGUCUUAAAAAAGUAAAUAAGAAUUGAAUUUUUAAAAACGCCUUCCUGAAAAAAUAGUAAGAAAAUUUCCAUUAAAAUUUAUGGUUUCAUAUUUACUUUUGAAGGAAAUUGAUAGUAAAAGAAUCAAUAAUCUUUUUAAGAAAGAAGGAAAUAAUUUUGUUAAGUAACAUAUUUUUAGGAAAAAUUUAUAAUAUGAAAUUUAAUUUCCACACAAAAUUAAAGGCAAUAAGCAAUGGAGAAUUUCGAUUCUUAUAAUUGCAAGUUAAAUAUAAACUAUUUAAUUUUUGAUGCAGAUAUAAAAUGGUUAGAUAAAAAUAUAUACACAUCAGAAAAUAUGAGUUGCAUCUCAUCCACUCUAUAAGAGUUCACACAUUAAUUAGAAAAUUAGCCUGCAAAUUUUGAUAACUCUUUAUCUAAUUUAAAUCUAUCAAUUACUAUAUGGUUCUCAAAUUUCAAGAACAUAAAAUUUUAUAGUUUUUACAUCAUAUAAAUCUUCUUUUCCUUAAGUCUCCAUUGAUAAUUAAGAAACUCCAUAUCUAAUCGAAGAAUUGAUUGAAAUUAAAAAAUGA